AUGGCGUCCAACGGCGAAGCUCUCUCCGGGCCAAUUUUCUUCUGGCGCGAGUUCGAGCACCCAUAUGGCUUCCUGAGCCAGUGGUACGAAAGUCCGUUUGAAGUCGAUGGAGUCACCUACCAAACGGCGGAGAUGUGGAUGAUGAUUCAGAAGGCACUGCUGUUUGGUGACGAAAACAUUGCGAAGCAGAUGAUGGAGACUACCACUCCGAAAGAACAUCAGGCGUUAGGGCGACGGGCCAAAGGAUUCGAUCGGAAGAAAUGGGAUGAUCACAAGAGCCGUAUUGUUGAAGAGGGCAACUAUCACAAAUUCACGAAGUGCAAGAAUGAUCCUGAAAUGCUUCAGAAGCUGAUGGACACUGGGGAUCGGGAGCUGGUCGAGACAUCACCGGUAGACCGCAUUUGGGGCGUGGGUUUUGAUGCCGCCAAUGCCGAAGCCAAUCGAGGUGAAUGGGGAGAGAACAGACUGGGUGAGGCGAUUAUGAAAGUGAGGGGACAGUUGAGGAAGGAGGGCAAGUGA